CUCCGGCAUGUCUGAGACUGCACCGGCACCCGCUGCUGAGGCAGCGCCCGCCGCCGCCCCGGCUCCGGCCAAGGCGACCGCCAAGAAGCCGAAGAAGGCGGCGGGCGGCGCCAAAGCCCGCAAGCCCGCGGGCCCCAGCGUCACCGAGCUGAUCACCAAGGCCGUGUCCGCCUCCAAGGAGCGCAAGGGGCUCUCCCUCGCCGCGCUCAAGAAGGCGCUGGCCGCCGGAGGCUACGACGUGGAGAAGAACAACAGCCGCAUCAAGCUGGGGCUCAAGAGCCUCGUCAGCAAGGGCACCCUGGUGCAGACCAAGGGCACCGGCGCCUCCGGCUCUUUUCGGCUCAGUAAGAAGACCGGGGAGGUGAAGGAGAAGGCUUCUAGGAAGCGAACACCAGUGGCCAAGCCCAAGAAGGCAGCAGCCAAGAAACCUGCGGCUGCUGCUAAGAAGCCCAAGAAAGCAGUGGCAGUGAAGAAGAGUCCUAAGAAAGUGAAGAAGCCAGCAGCUUCUGCCACCAAGAAAUCGGCGAAGAGCCCUAAGAAGGCAACCAAGGCUUCCAAGCCCAAAAAGGCAGUGGCUGCCAAGAGCCCAGCCAAGGCAAAGGCAGUGAAGCCCAAAGCUGCCAAGCCCAAGGCAGCCAAACCCAAGGCAGCCAAGGGAAAGAAGGCGGCCCCCAAGAAGAAGUAAACCCCUGACCUGCUGCUUU